AUGCCUCGUAAAUGUUGCGAUCGCCUUUGGGAAAGGAAUGUUGAGAAAGAGGAGAAGAAGAAGGACAAAGUUGCCACCGUGGCGCCUUUUGAACUUCUGAAAAAGAAUUACGAACGAAUGGUGGAGAGUCGUCGUUCGCUUCCGCUCCCUUCGGGUAGUGGUCCCCUCACGGAAUCGACACCUGAGACAGGGAAAGUCCCCAUUAUCGCUUCACGACAACCUCCUGGUAAGAAGAUUUCUAUAAUGUAUGAACAGAACCUCGAAUGUCCGAUUGAGUCGUUCAGUUUUGGCGAGACAUUCUGUAAUCUCCAGCUCUCAUUCACCAGACAGCCGGCUAUUUUCUUGGGUCAUAUCUCAGUUAAAACAAGUGAACACAUUGAUGUGGAUAUCAUACCAGCAUUUAUUGAAAUUGUGGGACCGGAUAAAACGAUUCAAGUGGACUACAAUUGUUAUGACCGUGUGGAAUCUCUAUUUCCACAAGUGGCCAAAUCAUGGGAGUUAGAGAAACGAAGAAUUACCCUGGAUGCUUCGGAUGCAACAGCAGCAACCGUUGACGCUGAUAGGGUAACCGCGUGGUUUCUGGAUGAUCUGCUCUGUCGUGUGCUGGUACGAGUAUUGGUUGGGGGACCACGGUUGUCAUUACCUGUACUCGAUGUUUUUCGAACAUUUGGUACCUAA